AUGGCGGCCCGGAGGAUGAUCCCUUGGCUAUACGACCUCGUCCUAUGGCUCUUCACCUGGGCUCUGGACCUCUUCUUCCGCGAGAUCUACCCCCGCGGAGCCUGGCGGGUUCCUGAAAGAGGUCCCGUAUUGAUCGUGGCUGCCCCUCAUGCCAACCAAUUCGUCGAUUCGGCCAUCUUGAUGCACCUGCUCAAGUCCCAGGCCCACCGGCGGGUCAGCUUUCUGAUUGCUCAAAAAUCCAUGAACGAGCCUUAUAUCGGAACCCUUGCAUCAUGCAUGGGCGCUCUGCCAGUCGUUCGCUCUAUGGACUUGACGAAGCGGGGGAAAGGUACUAUCUACCUUCCCGAUCCCGAAAAUGAUCCAGCCUUGGUCAAUGGUGUCGACACCGAUUUCACGCAGUCCGAGUUUAUGAGUGGCGGCUCACUCACCGUCAAAGGACCUGAUGGACCCCAGACUGCAUCAAUUGAUGAGGUGAUCAGCCCAACUAGUCUUCGCCUUAAAAAGGCAUUUGUUUCGCCACUUUCCGAUGAUCCGGGUCGCAAGGGCCAGAGCUUCAAGAUCGCUCCCCAUGUUGACCAGAGUCAGAUGUUUGAUGCCGUUUACAAAGAGCUUUCUAAUGGAGGCUGCAUUGGCAUUUUCCCAGAGGGAGGUAGCCAUGACCGCUCGAAUUUGUUACCUCUCAAAGCCGGUGCGGCCCUGAUGUCGCUAGGUGCCCUGGCCCGUGACCCAGACUGCGGCUUAUCAAUCGUGCCUUGCGGUAUGAAUUAUUUCCAUCCUCACAAAUUCCGGUCGAGGGGAGUCAUCGAAUUUGGACGCCCGAUUCACGUUCAUCCCGAUCAAGUCGAAGCAUUCAAAGCCGGAGGGACUAGCAAACGAAAUGCUGUGGGAUCUCUACUCGAAACGAUUUAUGAGGGUCUCGAGGCUGUCACCCAGAUCAGCCCCGACCAUGAAACACUCAUCAUGGUUCAAUCUACCAGGAAGCUUUACAAUCCCAUCAGCAAGAAAAUUCCCCUACCGCUCGUUAUUGAGUUCAAUAGGAGAUUACUGAAGGGUUACGAAGCAAACCACGAUGACCCCCGCGUGAAAGCUCUCAGGAAAGCAGUGAAAGAGUAUAACAGACGCUUGGAAUCUCUUGGAAUCAAAGACCAUCAGGUAGAAUGGGGCAACAUUGAAGAGAAACCUUGGUGGCUUACGCUUAUUACAUUGUUCUAUCGUCUGUGUAAGCUUCUAGUAUUGAGCUUUGGAACAUUGCCAGGCGUUUUACUGUUUUGGCCCGUCUUUGUCGCCACAAAGGUGAUCUCGGAGAAGAAAAGACGGCGGGCACUAGCUGCGUCAGUUGUGAAGCUGGCCGCGCAUGAUGUUAUGGCCACCUGGAAGUUACUGGUUGCCAUGGGAUUAGCGCCGACCCUUUAUGCUUACUACACGAUUGUUGUCACUGCUUGGCUACGAUAUAACAGAAACGAGGGCUAUUACUCGGAUGCUGUACCUACCUGGAUGGUGGCGAGGACCUAUGUACCCGAUGCAAUUCCUCUCUGGAUGUUUGCGAUGGGCUUCUACACCCACAUGGUUUUCAUCAGCUACGCAGCUCUUCGCUUUGGUGAAGUGGGAAUGGAUAUCAUCAAGUCUCUCCCGCCGCUUAUCGUUGCAUUGAACCCACUGUCCUCCACGUCGCUGACCAACCUGAGAGAGCAUCGCGAAGCACUAUCGGAGCUAGUCACGGAGACUAUCAACGACCUUGGAUUCGGCAUUCUGCCUGACGUUGAUGCUGAAAUUCCAUCUGAUACAUACAGGCCCGAUGCCUAUCAAUCCCGCCUGAAGAGCAUGCCACCGAGUGAACCGAGUAGUCGAGAGCUCAGCCGUAGCAGAUCGAACGGCCCGGCUGGUGGCCCGCAGCUCAAGGGACUCAGCUCUAUCAACUCGAAGGGUGAUCUCGAUUUGGAGCAGAUCGAUCGAAAGAUUCAGACACAGUUGAAGGGACGUGGAAGACGAUCGAACACUACCGGUGCAUACGAGACAGGCGAGUCAAUUCUGAAAUACAAGAUGACCCCUGGGACAAAGGAAGACAAAAAGAAAAGAUGA